AUGCUUGGGUGGAUCAUAAACUGGACAAACAUCAUAUGGGGUUCUACUCUUGCUUUGGCUAUUUUUGGGGCAAAGAAAUACUCCAUAAUGACAGAGAAAGAGCACACACAACUUCAGGAACAGCUGAAUAAGAUUAGGAAUUAUGCUCCUCUUAGUACUACUAUUCUUUGUGUAUGGUUGGGACUUAGAUGUCUGUAUGCUAUGGGAUUUUUACUUGUUUUGGAAUUUCUUCUGGUGAUUGGUGCAGUAUGCUAUGUUCGUAGGAGGGAGUACUUGCGAGAAACCAUUCAAAUUAAUCAAGUACAUGAAAUGUUACAAGAUACAGAAAAUCUUAAAGCUAUUCUUGGAAAAGAACUUCCAGAGUGGUUAAAAAAUCCAGGGGCGAAUCGUGUACAAUGGAUAAAUAACAUGAUAAGAGGAAUGUGGGGUUCUAUUGCUUUAGCGGCAGAAGAAUCUGUUCGUCAAUUUGUUGAACCACUGUUAGCUGCUAAUAAACCUUCAUUUGUUUAUGAAUUUGUACUUAAACAAUGUUCAAUUGGUUCUCGUCCAAUGAUUAUAGAUGGAAUUCAGCAUCAAUAUUAUACUGAAACAGAAUCUUUACUUGAUAUUACUGUUUCAUGGGAUAGUGAUAUGGAGAUUCAUCUACACCUUAAAGUACCUGGACCUGAUAUGCAUGUAUAUAUACGAAGAUUUGAACUCAAUAUGAAAAUACGUGUUAUAUUAACUCCAAAUGUUCCAAAAUGGCCAUGUUUUGGAACACUUGUUAUUUCAAUUAUGGAUAUUUGGGUUUUAAACUUUGAUAUUACUGCAGCAGGGGUAUCAUUAGAUGCAGUACCAGGAUUAAAAGGUUUUCUGGAUGGUUUUAUACGUGAUACACUUAUAGGAAUGCUACGGUAUCCGAAAAAGAUUGUUGUCCCUAUUGUACAAGGAUAUACCUUACAAACUACUCGUGUAGAUGCGGCUCUUGGAACUCUUCGAAUUCAUUUACUUCGUGUGGAUGAUUGGCAUUAUCGGUAUGCCUCAACCAAGGAAAAUACACCAUUUUAUGUAAAACUUCAACUUCAUAGUGAAAAAAGGAAAAAACGUCUAAGAAGCACAUCUUAUAAAGGGUUAAAUUCUGCACUUUCAGAUGUAUUUAAUUUUGUUCUCUAUGAUAUGGGAGAUGUUUUACAUGUUUGGUUGUACUUUGAUGUACUUGGGAAUGAUACCUGCGUUGGAGAGUGUGAAAUCCCUGUUCAGAUAUUGGUGGAUAGCAAACUACCAGAACAUCCCUGUUUCUUAACAAAACCAUCUGCAACAGAAAGUACUGCACGUGCAAAACUAAUUAUUACUCCUGAAUUCUUAUCAUAUACUGACCGUAGUAGAAAUGGAUCUACUGCUGCACCGAGUUGCGUUCCCACACGCAAGGUAUCAAGUGUCUUUUUAAAAGAAAGAAGUUCAGGUGAUGCUUUAAUUGACCCACCAAGCACACGAUCAAGUAAUAAUCAAAGUAUUUCAAUAAGUAAUACUGAAAGUGGUACACUUUUUGUGACAGUUGAACGAUGUACAGGUCUCAAGAACAUGGAACGUUUGGGUACAUCAGAUCCCUAUGUAGUGCUACGUAUACGAAAACAAACAAGACACUCACCAUAUGUAAGUUCUUGUCUUGAACCUGUAUUUAAUUUUGAAGCAGAAUUGGAAGUUUUUGAUACCAAAACAGAUCUUCUGAAAGUAGCCAUUGUAGACAAAAAUGACCUUAGCAAAGAUCGUGUGAUGGGAACUGUUAGUAUUCCAGUAAGUAAAGUUGCGACGAGUGCGACUGAUCAGAUAUCGGGUGCGUGGAACCUCGAUCCACAAGGUAAGGUAUACAUACGUAUGCACUUCCUUCGUCACUGA